AUGAUCGCCAAAGAGGUGGAGAGCAUCACUUUGUCAGACCCUGGCCUGCUUGAAAAAAUUGACCAACUAUUUGCUUGUAAUGUGGGAGAAUACGUCGAUCUUCCACAGCUUGUGGUAGUGGGCGACCAAUCAAGUGGAAAGAGCUCUGUCCUAGAAGGCUUAACCAAGCUGAACUUCCCCCGUGACAGUGGUCUCUGCACUCGCUUCGCUACCCAGAUCAUCUUCCGGCGAAACGUCAACUUGGUUGGCCGAGAGAUCUCGGCUUCCAUAAUUCCAGCACCGGAUCUAGGAACUGACGAGGCACAGAAACUAAGAGACUGGAAUGCUACUGGUCUGCAGGCUCUCGGCGGAGAAGGAUUUGCUCAGAUGAUGAGAGAGAUAGGUGAUUUACAAGUUAUUGGAUCCUUUGGAAAGGCGACGUUUUCCAACAGUGUUCUCCGGCUUGAGAUCUCUGGCCCCCAGGAGGAUCAUCUCAGUGUGGUUGAUGUCCCAGGGAUAUUCAAAACCACGAUCAAUGGAAUCACCACAAAAGAUGACAUAGUGCUCGUUAGAAACAUGGUUUACAAUUACAUGAAGAACCCACGCUCUGUCGUGUUGACCGUUGUUCCAGCAAAUGUCGACAUUGCGACGCAGGAGAUUAUUGAGAUAGCCCGCGAAAUCGAUCCUACUGGCGAAAGAACGCUGCAAAUCAUGACCAAAAUCGACCUGAAUACCAGUGGCAAGCUUGGGUGGAUUAUUGUCCGGAACCUAGGACAACAGGAGCUUGAGGAUGGAAAUGUCGAUCGAGACCUUCUAGAGAAAAAGUGGCAUCAAACUCCUCCGUGGAACCGUGUGCGAGCUGAGAACUUUGGCAUCAAUGCUUUAGGAAAACAGCUCCAACUUGUUCUCACAUCACACGUUCGCCGCACAUUUCCUUCGGUACGUUCGGAAUCGACUAAGAGGCUUAAUGCCGCACGAAAAGCUCUCCAAUCGCUUGGAACUGAGCGGCAGACCCCGGAACAGCAACGCAUGACGCUUCUGGACAUCGUUUCAUCAUUUCAACAAAUCACACAUCUGGCGCUAGUCGCGAACUACAGCUUGGAUGACAUUUUCGAUACAGAUCGGGAUGUUCGGUUGGCAACCAUGGUCUCCAGCAGAAAUGAGGAGUUUUCGAAUCACGUUUCCACAUGGGGUCACGAAUUCGCAUUUACCGAUACAUCCCAGACAGACCCUCUACCAGACCCUCUACCAGAGCCAAAAGAACCAGAGGGAUCAAAAGGGUCAGAAGAGUCGGCAGGUUCAUCCGAGGAGUUCGCCGCAGAAAUUGAGCCAGCGAAACAGUGCGGAGUUGAUUUCAUUCCAAGCCGCGGAAUUCAGGCAGAUGAAGAAGUGCAGGAAAUUUUGCAUGAUGCUGUUAACGCCCCUAGAGCUAAAGAUGGUAUCUCAAUCUGGAUGGGAACGGUCUAUCGUGAAUCUCGUGGCUUCGAAAUUGGAACCUUCAAUCAUACCUUGCUGUCGGCACUGAUGAAAAAACAAUCCGCGAAGUGGUCGACCCUGGCGCAAGGAUACAUGAGUGAUGUGAUCACCAUGGUUCACCGAUUCAUCAAAAAGGCACUUCUCGCUGCCUGCGGUGAUAUCAGGAUUUCGACCAACGUUCUCACUCACCUAUGGGAUGAAUUAAUCGGCAAGUAUAGGCAGGCUAUUUUACAUGUCGACUUUCUGUUGAAGAUCGAACGUGGAGGGACACCGAUGACCUUGAACCAUUACUUGAAUGAUAACCUACAAAAAUGCCGACAAAAAAGGUUCAAAGAAGCGCUGGCCUCGAAGAAGUGGAAAUGCAAUUGCAACUACUGUUCACAACAUGGAGAGGUCGUUCGUGUUAGCGAUCUCUCAUACUGUGACAACAUGAGCAAUGUCGAGCAUACUGUCCACGACCUUCAUGACAUUCUACAGGCGUACUACAAAGUGGCCCGGAAACGAUUUGUCGACAAUGUUUGUAUGCAGGGAGCGGAUUAUUUCCUCGUGACCGGCCCGGAAGCUCCCAUGAAGUUGUUCUCGUCAUCGUGGGUCAAUGGUCUCUCGGACAAAGCAUUGGAGGAGAUUGCCGGGGAGGGUGGCAACACAAAGCGGAGACGUCUACAGCUGCAGAAGGAAAUCGCCGACUUGGAAGUUGGCAGGAAGAUUCUCUUGAAUUAA